AUGUGGCGCGACUGCUACAAACUCCCUGAUGGUUGGACCCCUGCUCAAGGCCAAGAGGGUAGAGGAGCAGGAGGAGGGAGAGGACGAGGCCGUGGAGGCCGUGGCGGUCGCGGUGGCGGAGCUGCAAACAUGAAGAGCGGAGACAACGACAAGGACCCGAGCGACGAUCGAUACCCGGGUCUAUUCUACUUCGUGUCGACGCAAGUACCGGCUGGUCCAGAGAAGGAUGAAGGCUUUGAGGAGCCAGCAGCUGUGGGGAAGGUGACCCUACACCCCCUGGACUAUUGGGUGAUUGAUAGUGGCGCUACCUAUAGCAUGACACCUCGCCCGGACUUGCUCACCGAACUCGAGCCGUCACCGGUGAAGCAUGUCACAUCGGCUUUGGGGCAGCGAGCAGAGGUGAAAGGCAUGGGCAAGGCCAUGUUCAAGGGUGCUGAUGGGAAGAUGGUGGGCCUCAAGAACGUGCUUUGGGUGCCCAGCCUUGCUGCAAACCUGAUUUCCGUGCGGCGGUUGGCAAAGGCCGGCAUGGACACGAACUCGAAGGGAGCCAAGACCUACACCGCAAGGCUUGGCGAUCGAAUUCUUUGGGACCUUCAUGAGGACAGGGAUGUCUACAACGAGAUGUGGCAGAUCCCAGUGGUCCCUAUGCCUAAGGAGAGGCAAGUGGCAGCAAGCAUCAGCACCAAGGAUGGAGCGGUCGGUAGCGACGAUGGCGCGAACGGUCGCGCUAAGGAGAAUGAGCUCAAGAAGAGCAAACCUGGAGGGACCAGCAAGUUCAGUGAACCUAAGGAGAGUGGUGCAGCAACCAAGGAGCAGCAAAAGGGUGAGGAGAACCCAGAGGCAGCAGCGGAGGAGGACUACGGAGAGAUGAAGAAUGAGAUGGUUGCUGGCAUACGUGUGAAGGGGGAGCCCGAUGACGUGCUUGGCUGCCCGACGUGCAUUCAAGCCAAGUUCACCCGGUUUCCGUUCCCUAGUUCGGAGGCAACGUCAAAGGCACCGCUUGAUGAGGUGGUGAUGGACGUGGUGGGCCCCCUGAAUCUUGGAGCUGCUGGAGCUGAGUAUUUUCUCACCAUUGUCGACGUCUACACCCGCAUGACUUGGGUGUACGUGCUGGCCAAGAAGAGCGACGUGGCUGAAACGUUGAAGACGGAUUGGUUCCCGAUGGUGGAGCGGCAACAAGACCGUCUAGUCAAGUCAAUCCGCACCGAUCGAGGGGGAGAGUUCCUGAGCAAGGAGUUUGGGUUGUGGCUGAAGAAGAAUGGAAGGAAGCCAAAGGUGGAUAUGCUUCGGGUGUUCGGGUGCAUGUGCAUGGCGCUCAUGCCUAAGCAUCUUCGGCACAACAAGCUUGGUGCCAAGGCGGUGUGGGCCGUGCACUUGGGCAUGGCUCAAAACAGCAAGGGAUGGCUUCUUUGGGACCCAUUCACCAAGAAGUUCUUGGUGAGCAGGGACUGCAAGUUCAUGGAGAACUUCAUGUACAAGGAUUGGAAGGCGGAGAAUGAGGCGAAGAUAGGCGUGCGGUUUGGGGAGGUGAAGAGUUCCGGUUUGGAGCAUGUGGAGCUGCCUUUGGAGCUGAGCAGCGGCAGCACAACCACAAGGCAAUCCUCCCUUGUGAAUGGGGGAGAGGAGGCCAAUGAUGCAGAGGAAGAAGAGGAGGAGGUGCAGCAAGUGAGCGAGCGUGCACCGUCACUCCAUUCCCGUACUACGAGUGCUCCACGGAUUCGAGCCACACCGCAGCAACGCCAAGGCCUUCAAGUCCCUGCAGCUGAGGAGGAAGGAAGGGGGAAGAGGAGAGUUCAACCCCCUAAUAGGCUGACCUAUGAUGCGCCGGGAAAGCAGGGCAAGACAGCCCUGGCCGGAGCGGCAAUGAUGGUCGGAGACGACGAGGAGAGUGACUACGAGGAGUGUGCCUUCGCGUUCUUCUCUCCGGUGGAGAUGCCGGGAGAACCAGCAACUCUCAAGGAGGCUUUGGAGAGUAGUGAUGCUGAGGAGUGGAAGAAGGCCAUGGAGAGUGAGCUGAAGAGCAUCGAGGAGAAUGACACGUUUGAAUUGGUGGAGCUACCGGAGGGGCGUACGGCGAUAACGUCCAAGUGGCUCUUCAAAAUCAAGUCGGAUGCCGACGGCAAGAUCGAGCGCUACAAGUCUAGGCUUGUAGCCAAGGGGUACCAGCAGAAGGAGAAGGUGGACUUCAAGGAGCUGUUUGCCCCUGUGCCAGAGGGGUUUGAUGAUGGUAGUGGCAGAGUGUGGAAGCUGAAGAAGGCCCUCUAUGGGCUGAAGCAGGCCCCUAGGCAAUGGUACAUGAAGCUGCGCAAAGUGUUGGAGGGGAUCGGCUUCACUCCCUCAACGGCCGAUCACUCCUUGUUCAUGCUUGGCGAGGGGGAGCAGAGGAGUUUCAUGGUGGUUUAUGUGGAUGACAUCCUCAUUAUCUCACCCUCUUCUGACCUUGUGAAGGAGGUGAUGCUGAAGCUUCAAGACAAGUUCAAGUGCAAGGCCCUUGGUGACGGACCAGAGGAGGAGAGCGUUGGUGAAGAGGAGAGGCGCCGAUUUCACUCGUUGGUGGGCAGCCUCAUGUAUGCGGCGGUAAACACCCGACCGUACGUCGCGUUUGCUACCGGGCAGCUGGCUAGGGUUGUGCAAUGCCCUAAUGAGGAGCAGGUAGCAGCUGGAAUGAGGGUGGCCAAGUAUCUUGGCCAAACACCGACCGUUGGGCUGCAAUACUCGGCGGCGGCACAAAGGCGCCAAAAGGGCGCGGAUGGUGUUGAACCCGGGCGUUUGUUCCUCACCGCCUACUCGGAUGCUUCAUAUGCAUCAGAACCAGAGGACAUGACAAGUGUGGGAGGCUUCAUAUGCUGUGUUGGUGGAGGCCCAACUGCUUGGGAGAGCAAGAAGCAGGUUGACCAAGCUUUGAGCUCGGUGGAGUCCGAGUACAUGGCACUCUUCCGUGCCGUACGGGAGAUUGUGUGGCAGCGGCGUUUGUUGGCUGAAUUGGGGGAGGAGCAGCAAGGACCUACCCCACUGUACUGUGACAGCCAGGGUGCCAUUGCUCUUGCUAAGAACCCUGUGUUGCAUGGACUCACGAAGCACAUGAGGGUGAAGUGGCAUUGGACGAGGAGCAUGGUAACCGCGGGUGAAGUUGAGUUGCGCUACGUGAAGACCACGGGGCAGCCGGCUAACAUGAUGACCAAGAGGCUGGUGGAGCAGCAGCAUUGGAAGUGUUGCAAGCUGGCUGGGAUGGCUCUGAACUGA